CUUACUGGCCCAAGCAAAGCCAGUUCUCGUUGAGCCUUGUCGCGGUCAGGCAGCCACUCUUAUUCUCGUACGGCCUCUCGGUUUCCUAGUCGUGCACUCGGUUUCGAUCUUCCAUCGGUUUCUGCGCGAGACAAAGAUGGAAAGUGCGAGCACAACGAACACGCUGAUGGAGUUGAAAACACGAAGACAGCAAUUCCAGACGCAAGUGUCGACCUUGGACACGAGAAGAAGGCAGGCGGUUUGCGUAAGGAGGGCCUUCAAGAAAUAUGGGUCCAAGAAAAAUCCCAAUGUCAUCCUGGACGGUCUCAAUAUGACCGUGCCGAAGGGCACGAUUUAUGGGCUGCUUGGUGCAAGCGGUUGCGGAAAGACCACUUUACUGUCAUGCAUCGUUGGUCGGAGACGCUUGAAUUCUGGCGAAAUUUGGGUAUUAGGAGGCCGACCGGGCUCCAAGGGAUCCGGUGUACCCGGUCCUCGGGUCGGCUACAUGCCGCAAGAGAUUGCGCUCUACGGCGAGUUCUCCAUUCGAGAAACAUUCAUCUACUUCGGCUGGUGCGCCGGCAUGACGACGGAACAAGUGGACGAAAAGCUAGACUUUUUGCUGAAAUUUUUGCAACUACCGUCCGAAAAUCGUUUCGUCAAAAAUUUAUCCGGUGGCCAGCAAAGAAGGGUAUCCCUAGCAACUGCUAUCUUAGCCGAUCCAGAACUCUUGAUCCUAGACGAGCCGACAGUUGGAGUGGAUCCCGUUCUCCGACAGAGCAUAUGGGACCAUCUGGUGCACAUCACCAAAGAUGGUAACAAGACUAUAAUUAUUACCACGCACUACAUCGAAGAAACUAGACAAGCCGGCAUUAUUGGCCUGAUGAGAAAUGGUAAAUUUCUGGCGGAAGAAUCGCCAACGAAGCUGAUGGAGAUGCACCGUCUGGAUACUUUAGAAGAGGUCUUUCUAAAGCUAAGUAAAAGGCAAAAUCUGGGCUUAAGAAGGAGAAGUAGUAUUCUAAGUAGUAUAACAGGUGUUCCGCCGGAAGAUGACGGAGAUGAUGAGAUGAGUGGUGAAUUCGGUGAUAAUGUGAGCGUAUCUAGUCGACGGAAAAGUAUAGUCAUUGUAGAUGAUGGCCAUGUGCCAACAUUGCCGCCAGAAGAAAAAAGUGAUUCUUCUAAGUUUACUAUGAUUAAUCCAAUGCACGUGAAGGCCUUAAUUUGGAAAAAUUUUCUAUGGAUGUGGCGAAACGUCGGAAUGAUGUUGUUUAUCAUCGGUCUGCCGGUCGCUCAAAUACUUCUCUUUUGCAUCUCUAUUGGUAAGGAUCCCGUAGGAUUAAAGUUAGCUAUUGUCAACAACGAGCUCAACAACAGCAUGCAACCGUGCAUCCCUAGAAUCGGAUGCGAUUGGACGCUAUUGAGCUGUAGAUAUCUUCAGCAUUUGCAGAAAAAAACCAUAAAGUUAUUACCUUACGACACUGAGGAAGAAGCCCAGCAUGCGGUGGAGAAAGGCUGGGCAUGGGGCGCUAUAACAUUUCCGUACAAUUAUUCCGACGCUCUCAUGGCUAGGAUAGAUUACGGCAGAGAUGCCGAGGACUGGGAUGUCAAUUUUGCAGAGAUGAAAAUUGUCAUGGAUAUGUCCAAUCAACAAAUAGGGCAAUUGUUGCAAAGAGAUCUGCUUUAUGCAUAUCAAGACUUUGCGAGGGAGGUUACUGUGGCCUGCAAUUAUAGUGCAAAAUUAACUAGCAUACCCGUCAACUUCCAUACACCGAUCUACGGGCCUGAAAAUCCUAAUUUCACGGAUUUUGCGGCUCCUGGAAUAAUUCUAACAAUCGUUUUCUUUCUCUCAGUUGCAUUGACAUCAGGCGCCAUGUUAUUGGAGAGAAAUGAGGGUUUGUUGGAAAGAAGUCUCGUGUCAGGUCUUACUGGCACAGAGAUCCUUUUCGGUCAAGUGAUCACGCAGUUCACGGUGAUGUUCGGGCAAAGUGUGAUGGUUAUCAUAGUCGCAUUUCCAAUUUUCAAGGUUACUUGCGAGGGAGAGAUCGGAUGGAUCGGUCUUUUAACCGUUCUCACGGGCUUAUGCGGCAUGUGUUUUGGAUUUGUAAUUGCCUGUUUCUGUGACAAUGAGAGAAGCGCUACGUAUGUAGCGAUGGGCAGCUUUCUUCCAAUUGUGAUGUUGUGUGGCAUUAUAUGGCCCAUAGAGGGCAUGCAUCCCAUCUUGAAAUAUAUUAGUUUCGUGUUACCUCUAACGAAAAGUACGGAAUCAAUGAGGGCGAUAUUGGCCAGGGGUUGGCCGAUAACAGAACCGACGGUUUAUUACGGCUUUAUCGCCACUUUCAUUUGGAUCAGCAUCUUUAUGAGCUUGGCGUUAUUGCUACUCAAGUUUAAGAAAGGUUAAUUUAAAGGAAAAAAAAA